UUCUGAGCCCAGCUGUUGCAGCUGCGAGGAAGAGAAACACACAGAGCGACGCUCCCUGCGCCCUUCAGCAGCUGAAGCCGGAACCUGCAAAACAAGCUUUGCGAUGAAUACCUACAUCUUCAGCUAUUAUUUAAUCCAGUUCUGUGGACAUUCCUGGAUAUUUACCAACAUGAUCAUCAGGUUCUUGUCUUUUGGGGAAGAUUCUGUUGCCGAUACUUUCCAUUCAAUUGGACUGAUGAUGCGCAUCUGCCAGUUACUGUCUAUACUGGAGCUCUUGCAUAUUUGCCUGAGUCUUGAGCAGGACCAUUUUCUUCCAAGGCUUUUACAGAUCACAGAAAGAAUUAUCAUCCUGUUUGUGGUGAUUUCUAGUCAAGAAGAAGUUCAGGGGAAAUACGUUGUAUGCCUCUUAUUUUUUCUUUGGAACAUCACUGACAUGGUCAGGUACACCUACUGCAUGCUAGCUGUGACAGGCAUAUAUUUUGCAGAACUGACAUGGCUCCAUUAUUCCCUAUGGAUUCCUAUAUAUCCUCUGUCAGUUUUAGCUCAAGCAUUUGCCAUCUAUCAGUCACUGCCCCACUUUGAAACCGACGGCACUUAUUCCGUCCAAUUGCCCUUUCCAUUUGAUGCAUCUGUCUACUUUCCCUACAUUCUAAAAAUGUACAUGAUCAUCUUGUUUGGAGGCACUUAUUUCAUUGUCCAACACCUCUACACAGAACGGAAAGCUCAUCUUGGAAGUUCCAACAUCAAGGCAAAAACAAGCUAACUUGUCUUCCUUCUGGUGAUGAGGAAAAUUGGCUUGAGAUGUUCCACUGGGAAAAACACACCAAGGAUCUAAUUAGCAUUCUAAGUGACAGUAAUUUGUACAACUCCAGCUUGAAGAAACAUGCCACACACUUCCUUAACAAGUAGAUCUCUUCACACUAACUGUGUAAAUAGUAUGCACACACAACAGAUUCAUGACUCUGGUGCAGCAUUGCCAUUUUUGAGACCCAUCCUUCGUCCUUGGAUGUGAUGGAUGCGAGAAAACAACAAGGCAAUCAUCCCCUAUCCCAGUAGUUUCCUGAAGGGAUCGGAGCACUUGCAAUUUCUCCUUCACUACAUUUCAACUGGAGUGCACAAACGACCUCUUCUAUUGAAGCCAGUGGGGAAGUCCAUCUUGUGCAGGAUUUAAGUGUGCACAUUGGGAGUUCCUUGACUACAAUAUAUGCACCCACACUUAGAAUUGUUUAAAUUCACUUACAAAGUGUUUACUCUUAAUAGCACUGCCACUAAACAAAUUACUUAAGCAUUUCUUACUGCUCCAAAAUAGGUUUUUGUCAAUAAAUGCAGCUGGAAAGCUAAAUAUAGCUCAGAAGUUCAUUGCAGGACGGGCAAGUGUUACACAAAAAGCUAUGAAAUGCAAACAGUUCACUAGGAAGAGUUAAAAUGAAAUGCAAAAGGGCUAAGACACAGUACAUGCUUCCCCUAGGAUCUCGUGUUGUGUUAAUCAAGACACUUGCAUAGUAUCCUACUUGCCAGCUAAGAAGAUCAAUACCUAUGCAUGCCAUAUGACCCAGAGAGCAUCAGAAAUAUAAUAAUCUGGGAAUUCCUGGGGAUAACAAAGGCUUUAAUGGUACAAACUGACACAUAUACGUAUUAGCAGCCUUUCAUGUGUUAUUUAUCAGCACAACAGUCAUUCUGUAUCUAGGACACCAUGACCAAAACCAAUUUCAAUUUUAAAAGGCUAAAUUACUGGGGCAAUCUUAUGAAAGCACAACUAAAUACUAAAGAAUUGGUUGAUCAGGAUUCAGACAAAUCUGGGAUUUCUGUAUGUCUAAAUACUUCUAUAUACUGAGUGCAUAUAUUUUAUUAUGGUGGCCAAUGCUCUUGGGUUCACAUUCCUACCAAACCUUUGUUUUCUGCCAUUGGCCCAUUCAGAUUAUACAAUUUUUCCUCUCUAGACAGUACUUUGCUUGCACUCUUCCAGCCCAUCUUCCAUCAGGAAUAAAUAUUUUACCAAUCUCAUUGAAAAAAGGGACACCUAUAUUGUUUGAUGCAACCUUGCCCAAACUGGUGCCUUCCAGGUGUGUUGGGUCGCAACUCCCAACAUUCACAGCCAGCACAGCCACUGGGGUUUGAGCAUUGUGGUCUUUCAUAGCUGGAGAGCACCAGCUUGAGGAAACCUGCUUUGGAGAGUACUAGAAAGGCAAGUUUGCCAACUUCUAGGGAGGGAUUUGAAGGAGGUAUCAGGUCAAGUGUCAGGACUGGGCCCUACUGGGACCCAACAGUUGUCCAAGCAUAUUUCCAUCUAAUGCCAGGCCAACUGAAAGAAGACUUCUUGUUUGACCUUCUGUGUACACACCAUCUUUCUACAUGUGUGAAAUCUACACAAAUCCCCAACAUGGAAAAACAUUCUGGCAUUGGAGUUCAGCCUCCCAUGUGUGGAAUUGCAGCCAGGAGUGAUACAACAUAGACAUAAGAUAACCAUCUCAUUGAGAAAUAGCUCCAAGUUACAGAAUCAAAGCAGUACAAAUCUUUAAAAUUUGAACCCUUAUUUUAACUUUUGGCACAGAACAGGAAUUUCUGCAACUAUUUCAAUUCAUUAACUUUUAUCCAUGGGAAAUACGAGUUUACAAUAAAAUGUAAAAUUAAAAAGAAAUAGAGAUGCAAAUUAAUUUAGUUUCCCAGUGACUUCAUGGAAUGAAGUACAGGAUUAAAAUAUUGUUUUAAUAUGUUCAUAUAAGAAAAGUUAAAUAUAAAAUGGAGCAGUGAACAGUGUAGCUAACUGAAAAUAGAGUAUGUGAUGUUAUGAGUAUGAAAAUUUCUGAAGGGCCCACCACACUGCGGAAAGUUGCUACAAUAUAUUUUCUAAUGUAUAAAACUCAAACUGCAGCCUGGA